UGCGAUGUGCGGAAUUGCAGAGUCAGAGUGGGCAUGAAGAAGAGUUGAAGUUGGUGUAACUACGUGUUCUUAUCUCAUUCGUUCUCUUCUUUCCUACUUAACCCCCCUUCUUGCUUUCCCUUUUUCAUUCAUCAUACUCUCCGAUCGCACCUCCUCUCCCAACUCCCAACUCCCAACUCCCAACCAUGGCGGAAAAGCUCACCAUAAUGAGGCUCAAGGUUGAUCUUCACUGCCCCAAAUGCUACAAGAAGGUCAAGAAGCUCCUCUGCAAAUUCCCUCAAAUCCGAGACCAGGUGUACGACGAGAAGAACAACAUCGUCACAAUCACGGUCGUCUGCUGUAGCCCUGAGAAGCUAAGGGACAAGCUUUGCUGCAAAGGUUGUGGUGCUAUCAAAAGCAUUGAAAUUCUCGAACCUCCCAACCCCAAACCACCCCAGAAGCCCAAGGACCCCGAAAAGCCUAAGGAACCAGCCAAGCCCAAAGAGCCUGAGAAGCCCAAGGAGCCUGAGAAGCCCAAGCAGCCUGAAAAACCAAAGGAGCCUGAGAAGCCCAAGGAGCCUGAAAAGCCUAAAGAGCCAGAGAAGCCCAAGGAGCCGGAGAAGCCCAAGGAGCCAGAAAAGCCCAAGGAAAAGCCCCCGCCGCCUCCGGAGCCGAAGCCUGAACCCCCUCCUCCGAUGCCGGUGUGUCCUCCGCCGGCAGCACCGCCGCCGGUGGCGGUUCCAAUCGGGGUAUGCUGCGUGCCGUGCUAUGAAGGUAGGCCAGGUGGGCCAUGCUUUGAUGGGUACGGUGGGCCCCCACCAUGCUAUGACGCUUACUACGGAAGGCCCGUUUAUGAUAGUUACGGUGGGGGCAGGCCUUGUUACGUGAGCCGUUGUGAUGAAUAUUUCUGUGAAGAAAACACCUCUGCUUGCAUUAUUAUGUGAUCUUCAUCAUUCUCAUCACAUUAUUGUCGUCACCACUGUACUAUACUACACUCUCCAUUCAUCCAUCCAAUUUGUCGCUUCUGGAGGCCAUGCAUGCAAGUUGCCACGCCGCGAUCCUCAUCAAUCCUACGUCUUUCGUGAUCCAAGGAAUAAUCUUUGUUUUUUGUGGAGUACAAAUUACUAGUAUAUCAUACCAGAGCCUAGUUAAAGAAUAAAAUGUUAUUAUAAUGUAACUAUAUCUUAGUAUAUCAUACCACAGCCUAGUUAAUUGUGAUAUCUUACAUUUUCAAAGUUAAUAAAAGUUUCUUUAAUUUGCGUACGAA